AUGACGAAUCAAGAAAAUCAUGGUGUUAUGGCCCCUAGAGGCAGGAAUCUCGAAGCGGAAUUGUUGCGAUCAUUGUUGGCCAAACCGGAACAUUUUUACGGCAAGGCUGAUGAGGAUCCUAUGGGUUGGCUAAGGAGCAUCAAAAGACUACGUCGUGGUGGCAUCUCAGAUAGCAGCAUUCUUCUUGUGGCUGGUUCCCACUUGAAAGGAUCAGCAGGCGAUUGGUGGGCCGAACAUGAAGAUGAUGCCAGUACAUGGGAGGUGUUCGAGGAGAAGUUUACGGAGAGAUAUGCAAGCAAGUCGAUCAAGAGAGAUUGGUGGCGACGUUUGGAGUCUCGCAAGCAAAAGGAUGGUGAAAGUGUGGCCGAGUUGGUUGAAGCACAGCAAGCAUUGUUUCAACGUUUGGCAUUAAAGGAUGAAAGGAUGAAGAUUGAUCUUUUAUGCAAGGCACUCAAGGAUGAUGUUGGUUUUGAGGUUGAAAGAGAGGAGCCGGAGACGUAUGCUGAAGCUGUGGAUGCUGCAAAGAAAGAAGAGUCGUUACGUAUCAAGUACAAGCGUGCUCCUGAAGUUGGUGGUGGAUCUUCAAAAAGCACAAGCAGUGGCAAGAGUACAGUGGUGAUGGCAGCAUCUGAUCGUGGUUCCGAAGUUGGCAGCAUUAGCAGUUUCGAUAAGGCCUUAAAUGAGAUGAAUGACAAGUUCAAUCGUUUGGAGAUUAAUCUCAUGGAAAGGCUGAAUCGACAUGUUGGCAACGGCAAUCGUGGUGGCUAUGGAUACGGUGGCGGAUAUUCAUUGACAUGUUACAACUGUGGGCAAGUUGGUCACAAGGCUUAUCAGUGUAAUGAACGUAUGCAAGAGGCGGGAAAAGUCAAGGGGCAGCAGUCAACAGCAUCGGGUGAAGCAUCAGCGCCACUGAAGAAGAGAAGCAAGAGAAGGGUUGUGGAUGAUGAAUCGAACGCUAUUACUUUGCCUAUUGCUCCGAACCAAGUUUCUCAAAGUACGACCAAGGAUGUGACCAUGCAAGAUGUGAAGAAGAGGACAAGGAAGCCGGCUAGGCGAUUGGAGGUGGAUACCAACAAGCAGAACAUUUGGGACGCUUUGGGGAAUGCACAAGUCAACAUGUCGUUUAAGGAUUGGUUAGCCAUUGACAAGCAAGCAGCGAAGGAUUUGUGUGAUGGCAUUCGUUUUAUUCAUGGACGCAAACCCCGCAAAACCACUACCAAUCUACCGUUGUCUACCCAAGUGAAUGCCGUGAACCUUGUUGGAUCCGAUGGCGAAGAGAGUGAGGUUGAGGAUGAAAAAGAAGAGGAAUGGGAGGUGGAUGAUGAAAAAGAAGAGGAAUGGGAGGAUGAGUUGGAUGGAGACGAUGAAGGAAGUGCCUCUGAAUCGUACCUGUUUGAUUCCGAAUUCGAAGAUGAUGACGCUGAUGGAUAUCUCUCUGAUGGCUCAAUUACUCAAUAUCCCUACAAUCCUGAAUCCAUGGGUACUGCAAGGCCGUUUGCCGUCAAGGUGCAUAUCAAUGGUGAACCGGUGGAGGCCAUAGCGGAUACAGGAGCUUCAGUGUCAGUCAUAAGCAAACCACUUGCAAGGCGUUUGGAUCUACCAAUCAACAAGGAUCUUAUGUCAAUACAACAGCUGGAUGAGAGAGACACAAAACCCAAUGGUGUAUGUGUGAAUGUACCUGUUUCGAUUGGCGGCAAGUUGCGACGUGAGCAUUGUACGGUGUUGGAUAGGCAGUCAGACUUGUUGCUGCUUGGUUUACCUUGGAUGCGUGCGUAUGGCAUUAAAAUCGAUCCGACAACGUUGACACUAUCUAUACCUUCUCAAGAAGCCAAGGAGGAUGUCGUGGUGCAAGGGUAUUCUCGUCAUAAGCCAAAGGAAUAUGAGGAUGGUGAUGCUGUGUCAAAUGGACCUCAAGUAUUUAUGUUGCAAAUGGUCAAGCACGAUACAAGUCAAAACGCUCAUGAGACACCAAGCAAGGUUGUGGCAGCAACAUUGGCACGAGGAAUGAAGGACGAUUGGUACGAAGGCGCUGAUUCAGAAGGUGGCAUGAGUCAAGAGGGGGAGGAGAAAAGAAAAGAGGUGUGUGAAGAGGAGUGUGAAAAAGAGGCGUGUGAGAAAGAAAAAGAGGAGCCAAAAGAGGUGAAGGAGUUGUUGGAGAAAUAUCAAGACUGUUUCGUGGAGCAUGCUGGGUUGGGUCGUGUGAAUGCCGUAUCACAUGAAAUCAAGACAACCACCGACACGCCCAUCAAAAGCAAGCCGUAUCGAUUGACAUGGAGUGAGGAAACUCAGCUGCGAAAGGAGUUGGAUCAUCUUCUGGAGUUGGGGCUGAUUAAGCCGUCUCAAGGCGAAUGGACAUCACCAGUGCUUUUUGUUGCGAAGAAGGAUGGCUCGUUACGGUUGUGUGUUGACUAUCGGCGUCUCAACAAGAUCACUGUCAAGGACCAUUUUCCAUUGCCUUUCAUUGACGAGCUGGUUGAUUCUAUGGGUGGAGCAAGGUAUUUCUCAACAUUGGAUGCUGCAUCAGGCUAUUGGCAGGUACCAAUGCAUGAGAAUUCCAUUCGCAAGACCGGUUUUGUGACGAAGUAUGGGGUGUUUGACUGGUGCGUAUUACCUUUUGGCUUGAGUACGGCGCCAGCGACAUUUCAAAGAUUGAUGACUCGGAUUCUACAACCAUUGUUGGGCAAGUGUGUGCACGUGUUUAUCGAUGAUAUCAUUGUUUAUUCUCGCACGUUGGAUGAACAUGUGGCACAUUUGAAGCAAGUCUUUGAUAUCUGCAAGGAGGCUAAUUUACGAAUCAAGAAGGCCAAAUGCAUGUUUGCAAGUGAUAGCGUUGAGUACCUUGGCCAUCAAAUCACACGUGAAGGAUUGAAGCCUACGGAUCGAAACGUCAAGAAGGUGUUGGACAUGGUGGCACCAAGUAGCAAGGCAGAUGUGCGGUCAUUUUUGGGUAUGGUGGGAUACUAUCGCCGUUUCAUCCCUGAUUUUGCGGACAAGGCACAGCCCAUGCAACAAUUGAUCAAGGCCAAGAGUGAAUUUGUUUGGGGUAUACAGCAAGAAGAAGCAUUCAAGGCACUGAAAAAUGCAUUGAUUCAUCCACCUGUAUUGGCAUACCCGGAUCCCAACAAGGUGCAAAUAUUAACUACGGAUGCCUCUGGAAAAGGUAUUGGUGCUAUUCUUUCGCAGUCGGAUGAUGGAUCUAUGGAAGGAGAACAAGUCAUUGCAUAUGCGUCUCGUGCAUUACGUGGUGCUGAAACACGCUAUGCUACGACUCAUGUUGAAGCACUUGCCAUUGUUACGGGAAUGUACCAUUUCAGGCAUUACUUGCGCGGGCGUAAGUUUGUGCUAUACACGGAUCAUUCGGCGUUGACAUAUAUUUUGAACAAUCCUGCACCAAGCCCGAAAGUGUCAAGAUGGUCGGCGGCAACAAUGGAGUACGACUUUGUGGUGAAGCAUAGGAAGGGGGAAAGCAAUCCGGCAGAUGCGUUAUCGCGGCUGGUGAGGUGA